AUGGCAGACCUAACCUUAAGAAAUAAAUCAGCUGAGAUUUUGAGCAGACCAAAAAAUCCAGAACUAGAGAUGGAUUUCAGAGCAACUUGCUCAACGAGUCAAAUCAAUCUUAGUCUUUAUGACCCACCACUAAUGCAAACUUGCCAAGAUUAUCUUAAUGCUUGUCAACAAGGAGCAUCUCUUUAUAAUCUUAGAGAAGAUAACAGAAGAACUGAUUUAAUUAUUUAUAACACUGAAACUGAGACCCAAGAAGUCAAAACCUUGCAGUCUCCAAAACCACUAGACUCAAGCACUUGCAUAACUCAACUUCCAAAUGGCAAGCUAUUCUGUUUUGGUAAUUUUAUACAUUCUGGAAUUACAGUGCUAAUUGAUGCAAAUGGUGGAGUCGAAGUGCUGCUGUCUGGAACUCCUUGUGCAUGAUCAUCAUGCAUUUAUUUCAACAAAAGUGUCUAUUGUUUUGGAGGAUAUAGUAACAGAAGCUUAUGUACUCUAUCUAGUAGAUUUGAUUUAGAUCAGAAUCGAUGAAUUAAAUUAACUCCAAUGCCAAAAGCUGAUGCCCAGUGCAAUAGUAUAAUAUUUAAUGGAAAUAUUUUGAUUUCUGGAUUAAGAAAUAAAAAUCUUUUGUUAUACUCAAUCGAUAUUGACUCUUUCUCGACAAUUCCUUAUGAGUUUGCAAAAGGGAAAAGAAAGAUCCUGAUAAAUGCAGGUAGACUUUAUUUGAUUGAAUGCGAAGAAGGAGUUAUCUAUGAAAGUGAAAUUGGAAGUUACACGAAUUGGAGACCAGCAGAAUGAAGAUCAACAAUCAAUUUCUAUACUUCUCAAGUGUAUUGUUCAUAUAAUGAAGGAUUUAUAUACAUUGGAAUGGAGGGAUCUGACUACUUCAAGUUUGACUUGAAUGAAAAGAGCUUAAUUGCAUUAAAAAAGUCAUAA